AUGAAUUUAGCAGCUAAUCUUGUGAGUACCUCCACUGCAGCAGUUGCUGCUGGCUCACAGAGACAAUCACUGCCCUCCGUAGGAGCAAGUGUUGGUGCUGGUGAUUCUGUGCAGCCACACCAGCAACAAUAUCAUUUAAACACAACUGCAGGAAGUAGAAAAUCAGAACAUUUGGAUGAUACGGAGAGGGAUGCCUUGUCUGCUGAUGAAGAUGUCUUUCCAACAUUUCGAUCAGUAAUUAUGGGAAUGGAGGAGGGGAAUGAUUUGGAGAGAGCUCCAUCUUCCUCACAACAUCAUUAUAGAGAUGGAUUUGGAAGGAAUGAUGAUGAGGAUCAUGAUUUCAAACUGGGUCACAGUUGGGAAACUAAUAAGUGGUUGAGAAUUGGAGUUGUUGUAACGUUUAGUUUGAUGGCAAUUCUUCUUUUUGCCUUUCUCAUUGUAAUAAUUACAUUAGCGAGUCGAUCUGUGCCAACUAAUGGAAAUAAUGUUAUCAAUAAUUCAACAUCUUGGGAACCACCAGUUACAGAAUCUGGUAUUGUAAAUUUGAUUAGAGCAACAAAUGGUGCAACAGCUGCAGACAAUGAAAUUUGCUCAAAUAUUGGAGUGAAAAUAAUGAGAGAUUAUGGGGGAAAUGCUGUGGAUGCAGCAAUUGCGACAAGUUUUUGUAUUGGAAUUAUGAAUCCUUUCAGUGCAGGAAUAGGAGGAGGAGGAAUUAUGGCAAUUUCCAAACCAAGCACAAAUGGAGAAUCGAUUGUGGAAUAUAUUGACUAUAGAGAAACAGCACCCUCUGGAGCAUCUUGGGAUAUGUUUUCAAAUAUGCAACCAGUUGACGGAGCACCUCCUUCUCAGAGAGGUGGAAAAAGUAUUGCUGUUCUAUCAGAAGUGAAAGGUCUUUAUACUGCCUGGCAAAGGCAUGGCUCUAUUAGUUGGAAUUUACUCGUUGAACCAUCAAUAGAGUUGGCUAGAAAUGGAGUAAAGGCUAAUGCAGUGAUAGCUGGUCAUUUACAAAAAUACAAGAAUUGGGUUGUCAGGGAAUCAUUUGGUUCAGGAAUGAAACAAGUUUAUGGAACAGCUGAUGGAGAUGUUAAAAAAGAGAAUGAUUUAUUGGUCUAUCCUAAACUUGCCCAAACUUUGGAACAAAUUGCUAUUUAUGGAGCUAAUGCGUUGUAUAGCUUGAAUGGCUCUCUGAUUCAAGAUUUAUUAUCAGAUUUACAACAAGCUGGAAGUAUCGUUACAAUGGACGAUUUACUCAAUUAUCAAGUUAAAAUUUAUUCAACUCUUAACACCAACGAAGAGCAGCAACCUCUUUCAACCUACUUUAUGGGCUACAAGGUAUUUGGUCCACGACCAGUAAUAUCAGGCGGCUCUUGUAUCAUUUUCAUGUUGAACAUGUUGGAAAAUUUUGUUGGAGAAUUAUACUCUUCUGCAAUGAACAGUGAAAAGGGAGAAUAUGAGAGGGGAGAGGAAUUUCAUCUCUCACAGAAAAAGUAUGCUCUCUUUGUGGAGGCACUCAAGUACGCAUUUGCACAUAGAGGUGACUUGGCAGAUCCCGACUUUAUUGACAUUAAGGAUGUUCUUGGAAAAAUGACAAGCAAAGAUUAUAGCUCAAAAUUGAGAAAUGAAUUGGAAAAGGCUCUGAGCAAUAAUUUAACAUUCUCUGAUCCUCUUCAUUACAAAUAUCAGAAAGAUUCAGGAUUUGUCAGAGAUGAUCACGGAACUUCUCAUCUCAGUGUGUUGGAUAAGAAUGGAAUGGCUGUCUCUGCUACCACAACAGUCAACCUGAUUUUUGGAAGUUUUAUUAUUGGUGAGAGGACUGGAAUUAUAUUUAAUGAUCAAAUGGAUGACUUUUCCCUUCCAAACACCACCAAUUAUUUUGGACUGGCUCCUUCACCAAGUAAUUAUAUUGCAGCAGGUAAGAGGCCACUCAGCUCCAUGUCUCCAAUGAUUAUCCACAAGAAUAAUCAAAUCUAUCUUACCAUUGGUGCCAGUGGUGGCUCCAGAAUUAUAUCUUCAGUAUUUCAAACUAUUUGGAAUCAUAUUGUUGGUGGUUUGGAUAUUGCCAAGGCGAUUCAGUUCCCAAGAAUUCACCAUCAAUGGAGCCCUGACUCACUCGCAAUUGAGCAAGGUAUUCCUGAUGACCUAGUAUCAUUUUUGAAGAAUUAUGUUAAUGGAGGAUCCAUUAGUAGAGUUCAAGGUAAUCCUGAAUUCAGUGUUGGAAUAGUUCAAGGAAUAGUUAAAAAGGGAGCUAAUGAAAUUGAGGCGGCUUCAGAUAUUAGAAAAAAGAGUAAAGCUGCAGGGUAUUAAUCAUCUCAAUUAACCAACAUUGAUCAAUUAGAUUUCUAAUUUAAUAAAAAUCUAAUUAGAAAAUC